AUGUACUCGCCACGCAUCGCUGUGAUUGGAGCCGGACCUGCUGGCCUCACGCUCGCUCGCCUACUCCAGAUCAACCAGAUACCAUGCACAGUAUACGAGUGCGAAAAAGACCGUCAUGCGCGCACCCAAGGCGGCUGCCUCGACCUGCACGAAGGCGCCGCCCAGCAAGCUCUCCGCGAAUGCGGCCUCUUCGAGCAGUUCAUGGCCGUUGCCCGCACCGAGGGAGAGGUCCUCAAGAUCUAUGAGCCAAACGGAACGCUGCUCCUCGACGAAGGAUCGGAUAUUGGCGAGCGCCGCCCGGACUCGUUCAAGGGCCGCCCUGAAGUCGAUCGAAGCCAGCUCAGGAAUAUGCUCAUUGAUUCCUUGUAUCCUGGAUCGCUGAAGUGGAACCACAAGCUCAAGGCCGUGAAGACCGACCCGAGCGGCAGGACGGCAAAGUACGAUCUGCACUUCGAGCAUCACGUGGAAACGGGCUUCGACCUAGUCAUUGGAGCUGACGGUGCCUGGUCGAAGGUCCGCCAACUCAUCACGGAGACCAGGCCGUUCUUCUCUGGUAUCACAGGCGUGGACGUCAAGCUCAGCGAUAUUGACACCCUUGAUCCCGCGCUCAGCAAGCGUGUCGGGCGCGGGAUGUGUCUGACGCUUGGCUCCAACACCAGUGUACUAUCCCAGCGCAACGGGGACGGAUGCGUGCGGUCGUAUGGGUUUAUGAGGUUGCCCGAGGACUGGCACAAGACUUGUGGCAUUGACUGGUCCUCGCCUGCUACAGCUAAAAAGCAGUUCAUCGAAAUGUACUACGAUGGAUUCAAUGACGAUGCGAAGAAUCUGAUCCUUAAGGCCGAUGAUGAUGUGGUUCCCAGGCCUAUGUAUAUGUUGCCAGUUGGGCAUCGCUGGGGGCAUCGACAAGGGCUUUCUCUAAUCGGCGACGCGGCGCAUCUCAUGACCCCUUUCGCCGGCGUGGGCGUCAACGUCGCUAUGGAAGACGCCCUCGACUUCGCUCUUAAACUCAAGCAGUGGAAGCGAGAGGUGUGGGACAAGGCUGAGUCGUCAGCGGUGUCGACUUUGGCAUUGAUCGAGCCGGUGAGGCAGUACGAAGAGGAGAUGUUUGUGAGGGCGGAGAGGUACGCGAAGGAGACGAUGAUGUACUUGGAUCUUUUCUUUCAUGAGAAAGGGGGGAGUGCUAUGUGUGAGCACUUUGCUAAGGCGAAGGAGGAGGAGAAGAAGGCGGCUGAGAUGAAUGGGAAGGAUUCGCCGGCCGUGAAGCCAUCGGCGGAGGAGAUUGUGGUGUAGCGGUUGAGUGCAAGUUGGUGAGAUGUAGAGGAAUCGUGUUAUGAUUUCUGCUUCUUGUUAGUGUUUAACUAGGGAAACAUGCAACACUGUAACCUGCUC